AUGCGGCCUCUUGCUGGGUUGGUGUCCUGCGCCGUGGCAAUCGUGCAGGCCGUGGUUGCCGAGGACGCCUUAAGCAGCCUCGUGCAGCGAAAGCGGGCUGGCGGGGACUUCGAGCGCUGCACGGGCCACAGCCUUGGAUUGGACCCGAUCGAGAGCAAUGUCAGCCUGUCGGAUGGCACCUGGAGCUGGUGCAGCGGCGGGGAGGGCACACCCAUCUGGCCAUCCAGCGCAGGUGGAGGAAAGGUCUGCUGCCCAGCCACGGCGUCCUGGUGCUCCGGGUGCGCCGAGGCGACAGAGCAAGGCGAUGGCUGUGCGGCGUGCCUUGGAGGCUAUGUCCUCCAAGAGGGGACUUGCCAGCCUUGCAUGGACUUGCCUCAUUGGUCUGAUGCCAGCGGCGCCAACUGCUUCGCUGUGCCCCGCUCACAGUGCUCCGACGCGCGCUUCCGCGGCCUUUCAUCGAACAAGGCCUGCUGCAAGUGUGGGGGCGGCUUGCGUUCCGCGGCUCCUUUCCGGUACUUCGUGCUGCCGCUCGUGUCCGGAGGUGGGGUGAAGGGCCACCCCUUGCCUCGGACGGGCUCCAGCUACUCCCUGGAUGCUGGCUGCCAGCUUUUGCCGCUCGGGGACAAGUCUUGA